CCGCCCCGCUCCCGGGCUUUAUUUUUAUUUUUUAAUUUUUUUUUUUUUUUUAAUUUUUAGGGGGGAAAAAUUUUUUUUUUUUGCUUGCCUUCCAAAAAUACCCAUCGCACCCCCACCCUCCCGCCAUCCCCCGGCCCCGCCACCCCCGCAGCGCGUAAGGCCGGGCCGGGCGCGGGCUCCGCGCUCCCGCCGCCCCGCGCCCCCCGCCCCGCAGCCCGGCCCCCCGCCCGGAGCAUGGCCCCCGGCAGCGCCGCGGAGCCGGAGCGAGGGUGACCGCCCGCGGGGGACACUGUGCUGUGCCGCUGGCCUCGGAGGACUUUUACUAUAAUUACCAUCAUUGUUAUUAUUAUUAUUAUUAUUAUUGGGGUUUUAAUUUUUUAAUUCUUUGGCGGGGCAGCGGUUUUUUCCUCCUCCUUCGGCGCGGUGGAAAACACACGUUUUAGACCAAAAUCCCAAAGCAGCCCAUCCAUCCUCUUUGCUUUGCGCUUCGCAGCAACUUGGAGCCCGUUAAUUGCACUUGGCGAUGUUUUUUUGGCGGGGGGGUGGAAGUUGGAAUCUUUUUAUUUCCUCCUCGGCCCCCCCUCCCGCGGGGCCGCCCCCCCGUGCCCGGCUGCCCCCCCCCGGGCCCCGCAGAGCCGCUCCGGAGGAGAGAGAGAGAAAAAACGCCCGGACUGCUCCAGCCUCCGAAAUGACUCAGUAACUUUUACGCCUCGAGUCUCAGCCCUGCAAUUAGGCACUUUCCCAGCACGGCUCGGGAUGUAUUCGUCUCCUCUCUGCCUGACCCAGGAUGAGUUCCACCCCUUCAUUGAGGCGCUGCUCCCCCACGUCAGGGCCUUUGCCUACACCUGGUUCAACCUGCAGGCCCGCAAGCGCAAGUACUUCAAGAAGCAUGAGAAGAGGAUGACGAAGGAUGAGGAGAGGGCGGUGAAGGACGAGCUGCUGAGCGAGAAGCCGGAGGUGAAGCAGAAAUGGGCCUCGCGCCUCCUGGCCAAGCUGCGCAAGGACAUCCGGCCCGAGUGCCGCGAGGACUUCGUGCUCUCCAUCACGGGCAAGAAGCCCUCGUGCUGCGUCCUGUCCAACCCCGACCAGAAAGGCAAGAUGCGCCGCAUCGACUGCCUGCGGCAGGCGGACAAGGUGUGGCGCCUGGACCUGGUCAUGGUCAUCCUCUUCAAAGGGAUCCCGCUGGAGAGCACCGACGGCGAGCGCCUGGUCAAGUCGGGCCAGUGCACCAACCCCAUCCUCUGCGUCCAGCCCCACCACAUCAGCGUCUCUGUCAAGGAGCUCGACCUCUACCUGGCGUACUUCGUCCGUGAGAGAGAUGCAGAGCAGAGCAGCAGCCCCCGGACAGGCAUUGGCUCGGACCAGGAGGACAGCAAACCCAUCACGCUGGAUUCGACAGACUUCCAGGAAAGCUUCGUCACCUCGGGGGUGUUCAGUGUCACCGAGCUCAUCCAGGUGUCCCGAACACCGGUGGUGACGGGCACAGGGCCAAACUUCUCCCUGGGGGAGCUGCAGGGCCACCUGGCCUAUGACCUGAACCCCUCCAGCACCGGCAUGAGGAGGACACUGCCCAGCACCUCCUCCAGCGGGAGCAAACGGCACAAGUCGGGGUCCAUGGAGGAUGACAUUGACACCAGCCCUGGGGGCGAGUACUACACCUCCUCCAACUCCCCCACCAGCAGCAGCCGCAACUGGACAGAAGACAUGGAAGGGGGCAUCUCCCCCACUGUGAAGAAGACAGAGAUGGACAAGUCCCCCUUCAACAGCCCAUCACCCCAGGACUCCUCGCCCCGGCUGAGCAGCUUCACGCAGCACCACCGUCCCGUCAUCGCUGUGCACAGUGGUAUCGCCCGAAGCCCGCACCCAUCGUCUGCGCUGCAUUUCCCCACCACUUCCAUCCUUCCCCAGACGGCCUCCACCUACUUCCCGCACACGGCCAUCCGGUACCCGCCUCAUCUCAACCCGCAGGACCCGCUCAAAGAUCUCGUCUCGCUGGCCUGCGACCCGUCCAACCAGCAGCCCGGACCGUUAAAUGGAAGUGGUCAAGUGAAAGUGCCCAGCCACUACCUGCCCACGCAGAUGCUGGCGCCGCCACCUCCCCCCGGCAUGCCCCGCUUGGCCGUCUCUCCUGACACCAAAUCCACCACGACAACUUCCGAGGGAGGGACGACCUCGCCGACAUCACCCACCUACUCUGCACCAGGCACGCCCCCUGCGAACCGUUCCUUCGUGGGAUUAGGACCAAGGGAUCCUGGGAGUAUCUAUCAGGCACAGUCCUGGUACCUGGGAUAACCGCCGCCGUGCCGCCCCUUCGCCUCCCUUCUCCUCUGCUUUAGGCACCCCCAGAGGAACAUCCCCGUCCCCGAGCACCAGGCCCAGCCUUGCGGUGACGACGGAGAGCGCGGCCUCAUGACGACGACGACGACGACGACGACGACGACAAGCAAAACCCACACCCGAAGGAAAGAGCAAGGGAAAGGAAGAAGGAAAAGGGUCAAACUGUUUUAAAAUGGAAAAAAAGAAAAAAACCCCACAAACAAAAAACAAACAAACCAACAACCCAUCCCAGGAGGACCUUUCCCCCCACCCCGGCGAUGCGCCAGAAAACAAAGAAACAGGAAAAAAAGAAAAAAAAAAAGAAAGAAAAAAACACUAUUAUUUACCCCGUCGGCCGGCGCCGCGCUGAGACCUGACCCAAGCGGUGCCAGCGAUGCCUCCCGGAGCGGCCGCGGGGCCGCGGCGCCAGCCCCGCCCGCCGCUCGCCGAAUAUGCAAACGGCUUUGACUCUCGUUCUUGCCUCUAUGUGAGUAAAAAAGAUCAAAACCUCCCCGCCGCCCCCCCCGGCCCCAGACUGACGGGGGUUCCCGGGGCUGGGUGGGGAAGCCCUCCCGCUGCCGCAGCCCCGCACUGUGCGAGCGCGCCGGGGCCGGUGGCACCGUGCCGCAGUGACACGGUGACGGCCGUGCGCUGGCACAGCGGUUCGAGCGGGUGGCACAGGAGGAGGGGGCUUGUGACCACAGAGGGUGCACGGGCACGGCCAGAGACGGUGGCAGCGCGGGUCCCGCGCGGACACGGUGCCGGGACGCUCCCACCUCGGCCCCGAGCGGCGCAGCGGCGGUGGCACCCCGAUUGCGUCGGGGACACGGCACGGGGACUGUCGCAGCCCGGUGGCCACCGUCGUGCCGAGGUACCGGUCUCCAUCUCUCUGGUCGCCUUCCUCCCCGAGCCUGCACCGGCCCGGGCCCCGUGUGUCCCCACCCGUGUCCCCGUGUCACCCGGCAUGUCCUCGCGCCCGGGGUCCGCGGGGCUGGGGGCGAGGGGGGCGUGCGUCCGUGUGUUUGAGCUAUGCAUUCCUGUGGACAGGUACCAGGUGGGAGGCAGGGUGCGCUCGUGUUGCACAUUUUGUAGGAAAUGCACUUUUAAGAGGGAAUCAUCAAAAAAAAAAAAAAAAAAGAAAAAGAAGAAGAGAAAAGAAAACAAAAUCACAAAAAAAGGAGGAAGAGGAGGAGGAGGUGGAGUCCCCGGCACCGGCUUGCCGGGACAUCUGGUUUGGGGUUUUUGGGUUUGGUGGUUUUGUUUUUUUGGGUUUGGGGUUUUUUGGGUUUUUUUGGUUUUUUUUUUUUUUUUGGAUACAAAAGGAUGGAGCAAAGAAGCCCGAGCGACGGCGAGGGCAGAGCCAGCCCCCUGGAGCCCCUCGGAGUCCCCAGAGUCCCCCGGAGCCCCCCGGAGCCCCCGGCCCCGCGUCAAGUGCCUGAACUGCGGCGGGGAGGGGCCCCGGCCCCCCGGAGGAGCCCCCGGCCGGGCAGCGCGGGACGAAGCGCUUGGCAGUCCCCGUCCCGUGCGGGGACAGCGGGGCCGGGAAGGGGACGCGGGGACGUGGCAGUGCCUUAGAGCAGAGGAGCCCCCGCCACGGCCGAGGCGAGGAGGAGGAAGAGGACGAAGGUGCCUCGAAGGUCGCCAGCGAGAUGAGGAGACUGGUCCCCAAAGGAUCUUCGGCCCAGGGGACACCCGAGGGGUGGUGAUGGAGAGAAGCCACCGUGGGAUGUCACCGUCGCCACCCGCCUGGCCCCACCCAGAGCCGCCCCGAGGACCACCGGCAUCGCAUCCCCCCCGCUUCCCACCCCCCGGGACGGCACAGCGAGACACCGGGGAAAGGGCUGAUGCAGGAAAUCCCGGGAGACAGAAAAAUAAUAAAAAAGGACAAGAAAAGGAGAAAACCCACCGAAAAAAAAGAAAAAAAAAAGAAAAGAAAAAACAACAAAAAAAGCGCUUGGCGGAGAGGGAAACCUGUUUUUUUUUUAAAGAUCUGAGAAAAGAAACACAUAAAAAAAGACAAAAAGACAAAAAAAGACAAAAAAAAAAGACAAAUAAACUGCAUGGUGCUUUAACAGGAUCUGGUGACCUGGCUCAACCCAGCCGCGGCUGGCUGAUGCUGUGCAUGGCAGACUCUUAUUAACCGGCUCUACCUUCCCCUUCAGCAAAGAAAAAAAAAAAAAAAAAAGAGGAAAAAAACCAACAAAAAAAUCUGUAUAAAAGAGAAAAAAAAUCCGUUAAAAAAACACACAAGAAAAAAAAAUCCAUGUUUUCCUAAUUUGCACGAAAUUUUAUACCACAUGAUGUGCCUUGCCUUCGAAGCCUAAGUAUUACUGGACCCGAUAUCAGUGCGAGGGAGUCGCUGCAUGCCCGGGGCUCCCGGGGGGCCGGGGGGCCGGGGGCCGCUGCCCCCCCCUCGCCUCCUGCAUGGCUUCUUCUCGGCCGGAAAAGUCCCUUUUUCUCUCUAUUCUUCUUCUUUUUUAACCGAUUUUCCCCCUCAGAAACGUCUUCCAGUUGGUAAUACCGAUGCAUCCUCUGCGCCAACACACCGGAAUAUGCAAUAGCUGCGGGGGGGGCCGGCCGGGGGGGCGGCCACCCCUUUGCUUUGCCUCUCUUUUCUUUGUUUUCCUUCCCUUUUUGGGGGGUUUUGAUUUGUUCUUUCUGCUUCCAGCAACCAAAGGCAGCGGGGCGGGAGGCGGCAGGGCCCCCCGGGCCAGGGGCCGCGCAGGAGCCGGGGGGACGCGGCGGGGCCGGCCGGGAGUGCCGGGCUCCGUGCGGGGCGAGCGGGGCUCCAGCCCGCAGGGCCGAUCCCAAGGCUCCCCCCGGGACCCCCACUCUUUAAUGGGUUUCCAGCGGGGCGCAGGGCCGGGAGGGCCGAGCCCGGUUGCUCUCGUGACAGGAAUGGAACCGUGUGAAUGUAGCUGUGCCCCCGGGCUGGUGUGGGGGGUCGCAGCCUCCCCCCGCCUGCACCCCACCGGCUUCGCCCCGGCUCCGCCUGGCGCGGCAGGGAGCGGCAGGAGGUGCCUUCUUGCCGCCUCUCCCUGCUGUGCCCGCUGCCGAGCAGGGGCCCGACACCCCCUAAAAACCCUGAAUUUGCCUUAAAACCCUAGCGUUCCGCGGCUGGAGACCCCCCGAGCUCCCUGCGGCUGAGAACUGACGCGGGCUGUGACAGCGGUGGGCGGGUGGCACGGGCAUCGCUGCUGCUCGGGCAUGAAGAAACGUCGUCGUCAACAGUUUUUAAUUUUUGUUUGUUUGUUUGUUUGUUUUGGUUUUGGUGGGGUUUUUUUCUUUUUUUUUUUCUUUUUUUUUUUCUUUUUUUUUUUUUUUUUUUUGGUGUCCAAAAGUAUUAGUGGGGGGUGACGGGGUGGUCGCGUCCCGCCGGGUUUCGCCCGCAGUUGAGGCUGGUUUGAGGGUCCCAGACCCUCGGGGGAGCCUUGGGAGACGCUUCUUUAUGCAAGGUGCAGUAUUGAUUUCUGCAAGGACAAUGCAAGGAGGGAGUGGGGGCGGCGUCCAGCUGGGGGGGGGGGGGGGGUGGUGGCGCAGGAAUGAAAAAUAGAAUUAAAAAAAAAGACGGGGAAAAGAAAACAAAAUUUUUUAAAAAGAGAGAGGUUUUUUUUAAUAGAAAAAAAAAAAAAGAAGGGGGGGUUAAGGCUGUAAAAGACAGCUCAAAGCAAAAAAUCUUAAAAAAAAAAAAAAAGGAUUUUUAAACGGUGACAGUGACAGCGGAGGGAGGGAGCGGGGGGCACCGGGGCAGCCCCUUCGGGCACCCCGGGGAGGCGAGGGGCGCUGGCGCCCCUCGGGCCUGGGCCCCCCCGCCCCGAGCAAGCCCCGGAGCCCCCUGUCCCCGCGGGGACCCCGCCGGGGCCGUCCCCUGCCCCUCUUUGCUGCCUCCCCCCGGGCCGGCUGCAAGUCCGGCCGGGCUGCGGCCGCAGCCCCCCAAAACCCGCCCUCGGCAAGAAAAGCACCUUAAACCAAAUUUAAAAAGGCAAAAAAGAAUCAACUCGACGCCCCCCGCCCGUCGGGCGGCACUGGGGGGGCGUGCCGGGGGCUUCCCUUGCGGGGCCGGGGACCCCCCGUGCCCCGGGGUCUUUGCACUGCUCCCCCGACACCCGCGGGCCGCGCCCCGCCUCUGCCCAAAGGGAAUAUGCAACACCCCCGCUCCCCCCGCGGGGGAGGGGGACACCACUCAUUUCUAUUAGUUCUAUUUUUUUAAUCAUUCUCCCUUCUUUUUUUUUUUUAUUAUCUUCUGGCGGCCUCGAUGGCCACGGUCGGGGUGAGCGAAAGGCGGGGUGAACAGCCCAUCCCCGGGGAAGCUCUGGGGGGUCCCCCGCAGGAUGGGGAUACGAGGGGGCUCCGCUCGACAAUCACCGCGGGGGUUUCAUGCACUACAGUCUCUCCUAGAGGGUUUUUAGUCGGGCUCGUCGGCUUAAAAAAUGAAUUAAAAAUAGUCCUUGUGACCUAUAAAUAAAACAAAUAACCUGUACAUAUAUAUAUAUAUAUAUAUAUAUCUCCACAUAUAUAUAUAUGGGGCUGCAGGGCCGGGGGGGGGGCGCGGGCCCCCACACAGUUAAGGUACUUCAAAUUGCAAAGGAAUAUAUAAAAUCUCAUAUAUAUAUAUAUAUAUAUGUGUAUAUAUAUAUGUAUAUAUAUAUAUGUGUCUUGUUUGGUGGGGUUUGGGCUUUUUCUUCUUUUUCUUUUUUUUUUUUUUUUUUAAUUUUGGUUUUUGUUUGGUUCUGUUUUUGUUUUGUUUUGGUUGGUUUUUUUUGUACUCGGAGUUUGGAAUUUGCUGCUUUCUGCCCCCCCCGGGUAUCCCGCCACCGGCUGGGAUGGGUGCCCGCGGUGAUGGGUGCCCCGGGAGAGACCCUCUAGGUGCCCUGUGGUAUCACUGUGGGUGCUCCAGGUGAUACCCGGGGGUGCCCCACCUGCUGCCCAUGGGGUCCCACGGGUGUUGCAGAUGAUGCCCCUCUGGGUGUCCCCUGGCACCCCAGGUGAUGCCCACGGGUGCUCCUCUGGGUGCCCCGCAGGGUGCCUCGAGCAGUACCCGCCAGUGCCCCCCCCGGGUGCCCAGGCGAUGCCCGGGGUGCCCCGGUCCAUGGGUGCCGCUCUGGGUACCCGCGUGCCCCGCUGGCAGGCGGGAGGUGGAGCCGGGGCUGGGGGAAAUCCCACCCCUGGGCAAAGAGCGGCAAAAGGACAGAAACCGCCCCAAAAAGGCGCCGAGGCGGCAGCCGGCCGGACCGCGCCUCUUACCCAAACCAAAAAUCCCGCCGCAGUGCCUCCGCGCCGCCGGCUGCCCCGCCCGCCUUUUGGGGGUCCCCGCUGCCCCGGGGCCGGGGCUGCCCCCUCCCCGCAGUUAUAUUUUACUCGUUCGCCGGAUUCUCGCUUCGCUUUGCCGCAGCCGAUACACACCAGGGCCGCGAGCCGGGGCCGGGCCCCCGCGCCCCCCGCGCCCCGGCCCCGCACGACCCCCGAGCCCCCGCUCGCCUCCCUGGUGCUUCACGAUAUUUGAUUAUACCAUUGUACGCAGCCAUUACCGAUAGCGCCGCUCCUGCCUACAUACACUUACUGACCCUGAUACGGAUUUUGGGGGUGGUUUUUUUUUUUUGUUUUGUUUUCUUUUUUGUUUUGUUUAUUUUGGUUUUUUGUUUCUUCCCGUUGUUUUUUUCUUCUGUUGUUGUUGUUGUUCCCCCCCCUCCCCUAUGCAAAAAAGAGAAAAAAGAGACAAAAAAGAAGAAAAAAACAAAAAAGAAAAAACUGACACACAAAAAAAAGAUUAAAAAAUGAAAACGAAAAAAAAAGGACAAAAAAAAAAUGUAUAAAAAUUAAACAAGCUAUGCUUCAACUCCA